UUUCUUUUUCGUGUUAUGUUUUCCAGGGUAUCCUCCAAGACGUAUUUUCUGACAUCUGAAAGAGAGCACUUUCUGACGCACUAGGAGAGAGAUGUCCGUUGAAGGUAAUAGAUGUGAAAAUAUUUCGGACAGAACAGGCCUUUUGUUAACUGACUCAGGCCAGCACACACCUCAUGCUCCGUGCUUUCGUUUGCAAAAGUCCACAGUUUUUUGCGGGGGGAGCCGCAACAGGUAAGCUCGUUACAUAAUUAAUCAUCGAUCGAUUGAGUGGAGGGGACGAUCGACGGAAGAUCGGGACGAAGAGGGAAGAGCAAAGAGGAGAAAGGGGACGAUUGAGUGCAAGGGACGAUCUCUGGAGUAGUGAAGGAUGGGGAAAGCGAAGACUUCUCGUAAAGGCAAGAAAGAAUGGCGGAAGAACAUCGGUACAGAGGAGCAAGACGCUUAUAUAGAGGAAGUCGCCAAAGACGCUCGCAGUGGAGGACCCGUACAUCAAUUGAAAGACGAGCAGAUCUUUUUUGUCGAUAAAACCAAGGCCCCGGUUUUGGAGAGGAAGAUUGACAGAGCACGGAAGAAGGUGCUAAGAUGCGACAGUAUUCUGCAGCGGAAUUCACUUAUCCCGCCAGUUACACUGGGCGUUAAGAAGAAGAAGAAGUUGAUGACGGGGGUUGCGACAGCAGCUGCGGCGGCGGUUCUACCUGGAACUUUUUCUACGAAAUCUGCGGCGAGUAAAUCUAGGUCGAAAGGCAAUGCUCGUGCUGCGGACAAUACGGUUGAGGGGUCGAAUCCGACGAAACGGAAGCGAAAGGGCGAAGAGCAAUUCGAUCUUUGGAGUGACGGAUUACGCUCAGAGGAUAACGUUAUCUACUCGGCAGGGGCAGAAGAUGCAGAAGGUGGCGGGAAACAUGAGGAGAAGGAGGACCCUGGUGCUCCAGGUCACAUUCCCGAAGACGAGGACACGAAAAGGAAGAGGACAAAGAAGAAGAAGAAUUCAAAACCAGCAUGUCCAGCGGUAGAAGUGUGCCUUCCCGGGUGCUCGUACAAUCCAACAUUCAACGAUCACCAGGAUGCGCUUGGAGAGGCUGUUGCGCUGGAAAUGAAGGCUAUCUACGAGCGUGAUAUGCAGCCGGAAGGAAUUCCGAUGAAGGUUGUGGAUGCCGUCGAGGAAGAUUAUGGAGACUUAUCCUGUUUGCAAAUUGGCGGGGCUGCAGCAGAGAAUGGGGAGGAGGGCAUCAGAGAAGAAGGUGAAUCAAGCGAAGAGGGGGAACAUGGUGUGGCUGCGCCGUCGAGGGCUGUGAAGGUCAAGAAACUUACCAGAACUGAACUCAACAGAAGGGCGCGACGACGAGCCCAAGAGAUGCUAGAGAAAUCAAAAAAGCACCGAAAGAAAAUGCGCAAGGAUAUAAUAAGAUUGCCAGAACUGGUGGAGGAGUUGAAGAGCGAGGCUGACGAGAAGGAGCGGAAGCGGAUUAGGCUGCAGGUCUCGAGGACUGAGAGAAAAGCAGCAGGACCCCCAAGGUUGGGCAAACACAAAUUCCAGCCCGCUCCUGUGCAGGUGAUGUUGUCAGAAGAACUGACAGGCUCUAUGCGCACCCUGAAGGGAUGCUUUACUCUGCUGAGAGACAGGUACAAGAGUCUGCAGAAGAGAGGGUUGGUAGAGCCGCGAACCAAACUUGGCAGGAAACAAAUGAAGAAAAGAAAGGAGUACGAGCCGGGUUCACGCGGCCGGCGGGAGAGAUUGAUGCAUGCCGAAAGGAUGGCGGAGAAGGCAUUGGAAAAGGCGGGUGGGGGCCAAAUUAUCAUGUGAACUGUCUGUGUCUCGGGUUAUCACAGGACAAUACGUGGUAGCUUUUUUACGUUGUCAAGAUGUGUUGAAAUGGACUAGUGUUUUUUUUUUUGUUUGUUUGCUUAGAAGGAACAAUUAGGCGAGGAACAAGAGAUCAGAGUAUUGCACUUGUCGGUUGGAAAAAGAAACAGAGGAGAAUUGAAAGAUGGGGGUGGGCGCGGUGCAAAAAAAGAUAAAAGGAAAAAGGGGGUAGUACAACACCUUUCUCGGCGUUUUGGCUUAGAACAAGUGGAGUAUCUGCGCUGAUCAGUUUACUAUCUGAUCCGUGUCCCAUCG